AUGUCGUUAAUUUCUUCGCGUCUGGGGUACCGACAUCUUCAAACAGUAGAAGAUGAGGGUAGCUCCAGUGCCGUCGAAUUGGUGCUGGCUGUGGGAAUCUUUCUUCUCAUGGUCGGGGUUGGAUCCAGUUGCAAAUGGACGCUCUUUCGCAAAAUGUUAACGUCUCCCCAGGCACUCAAGGCGGCCGCCGUGGGAGUGAUGUGCCAAUUCCUCCUCAUGCCUGUGGUUGCCUACGUCUUGACCAAAAUCUUUGGCAUUGAGAGCUACGCUGCAUUUGGUGUGGUCGUGGCAGGUGCCAUGCCGGGAGGCAAUUCCUCCAACAUUUAUACCAUUUGGGGACAUGGAAUCUUGGAACUUUCCGUAUUCAUGACCAUUGUGUCUACCGUUGUAUCCUUUGGCAUGACACCCCUGUGGAUCUUUAUCUUUGGUACUUAUGGUAUUGACUUUGACGACGAAUACAACGAAACCACCGAGACUCCACUGGCCAUUGAUCAGAUUGCCAUUACCCUGGCCAUGCUGAUCAUCCCACUGGCCAUUGGGAUAUCACUCAAUUUCUGCACCUGCACCAACCGAAUUCGAUACAUUUUGGAAAAAGGCAUUCAUGUCCUGGCCAUUCUCUUCUUUCUUGCCGUCAUUGUGGUACUGCUCGUGGAAUAUAGCGAUAGUCUUACCCAGUAUGUGACAUGGCAAAUUGGUGUCGCCGCUUUUAUUUACUUUCCCAUUGCCACUGGAUUGAGUUAUGGUAUGACAACAUUACUCAAGUUUCCACCAGCAGCAAGACGAACCGUUGUGAUGGAAGUGGGAAUCCAGAACUUGGCAUUGGGCUUUGCGAUUGGAGAGCAAGUCAUGAAGUACAAGUGGCAAAAGGAACGGUCCAUUCCCUUCCCCUUGCUGUAUGCCAUUUUCAUGUACGCUUUUGCCACUCUACUGGUACCAGUUUUUCGACGACAAAAACGAGUCAAUGAGGAGAAGGGCAUUGUAGACCACGAUCCCAAUUUGUUCUUGGCCAGUGAAAAUAAUGGUGAUGAGAAGGAUGAUGUUGUCAUCGCCGCAGAGCUGGAUGCAGACGACAACAACAAGCCUGGUAGUGAGGCGGCUAGUAGCUACAAUGCGAAGGGAGGAACAACGGACACGGAGACAGAAAAGGAUGAAGUUCUCACAGAGGAGGCAGAGGAUCGCAAACAAGAAGAUGUGGAAGCAUGA